AGAUAUGGGCCUGUAGUGGUCAGGCACAGCGGGAUCAAGAUUAGGCCUCUUUAAUACAGGCUUUACAACAGCAUGUUUAAAGACAUCUGGAAAAACCCUGUUUAUUAAGGAGCUGUUUAUUAAAGCUAAGAGUGAGGGGCAGAUUGUAUCUAAAACCUCUUUAAAAAGACGGCAAGGCAGUACAUCUGAAGGACAAAAGUGGACAGAAUGAGAAGUUUGCUGCUAGCUGGACAAAACGCUACAGAUGUUGUAGAAACUGCAAUGGCAGAAGUUGAAGAUGACUUAGACACUGGACGACAUAUUGUUGGCAGAGGGGGAUUUCCAAAUGCCACAGGAGUAGUUGAAUGUGAUGCUGCUAUUAUGGAAGGUUUGCCAAGGAGAUUUGGGGCAGUGGCAGCACUUCGAGGUAUCCCCCAACCAUGUCGUGUAGCUCGCAAAGUAAUGGAGGAGAGUCCUCACAGCUUGCUUGUUGGAGAAGGAGCAGAAGCAUUUGCUCAGGAUCUGGGUUUUACAUCAGAGCCCAAUGAGAAAAUGCUGUCUGACCACACUGCUUCUGCUUACCAGGAAUUUCUUGAAAAAAAGGAACCAGUUAAGGGUGGGCAUGAUACAAUAGGCCUUAUAGCUCUUGAUUUAAGUGGUAACAUAACAGUAGGAGUUUCCACAUCAGGAGCUCCAUUCAAAUUACCAGGACGGGUGGGAGACUCUCCACUUCCAGGCUGUGGUCUGUAUGCUGAUCACACAGUGGGUGCUGCAGCAGCUACAGGUGAUGGAGACAAAAUUAUGUGCUACUGUCCAAGCUUUCAUGUCGUGCAGCUGAUGAAACAAGGCUCAUCUCCUAAUGAAGCCUGUAGUGCUGUGCUCGCCGACAUACAGAGGAGAAUGGGAGGCAAUCAGUGCUUUGAAAUCGGUCUUAUUUCUUUAAAUUUGAAGGGAGAAGUCGGAGCUGCGUCUUCGGUUGAGUUUCCAUACACCUUCUGGAACCAACAAUUGGAUUCAGUGAAAGAGCUGAUUAUCAAUCAAAAGUUCUGAAAAGUUUAAUUGCACUCAUUGAUUGAGUGGCCAUGUAACAUUGCUUCUUGUAAUGUUUUAAUUUUAAAAUUUUUUGGCACGUUGUUCAUUUAUUCUUCACAAACAAACAAACAAACCCUUAAUGGUUUCAUUUCUACUCAUUAAUUAGGUGGUUAUGAAACGUCUUUUAAAGUCCCUAUGAACUGGAAGCUGUGACCUUUAUUUUUUCAUAUUGUGACGCAGUUCCUAGAGGGAUAGAAUAUUAAAUGAGAUAACCGUGGGCGUGGCUUGUUUUUGUACUUUGAGCUGAUUGGAUGCAGUAAAGUGGGCAUUUAGAAAGAUUAGGAAAAAGGAUUAGAGAAAGCUACUACAACCUAACAGACACCCCUUCCUUGCCAUUUCUGUUUGUUGUCAAAACUGACAGUUGGAGUGGCAUGUUAAACAUGUUAGCCACACCUAAUUCCCAAAAUAUAAAUACUCUGACAAUUUACCUGAAAACAAACAGGAAGUGCAUUUUCAGAUUUCAAUUAAAGAUUAAAAAGGCUUUUUUUUCUUAGUGACAUGCACAAAUGAAUUGUUCAUCACAAAACGAGCAAUGUGAGCUAACAAAAUCAAUAUGGUUAAUUUUGAUUUCAUGUGGACUUUAACAUUUAUGUUUAACAUUCAAUGCUCUGUAAAAUAAUUUUUAAUAAUCAAUAAAGUGAUUUUUGAUUA